CUUUGGGCAGUGUGCAAGGAAGGCUGUCCGGGAUGGCUGCGACGCGUGUAGAGCCCAGCGUCCUGGAGAUCUUCACCACGAUGGAGUACGGACCCGUGCUGGAGAACCACGCAUGCGCAUUGGCCUGGCUGGACACCCAGGAUCGACAGUUGGGCCACUAUGUAAAUGGAAAGUGGCUUAAGCCAGAGCACAGGAAUAUAGUAUCUUGCCAGGAUCCCAUCACAGGAAAGAGCCUGGCCAGUUGCCUUGAGGCAGACACUGAGGAUGUGGCUGCAGCAGUGGAGGCAGCCAGGACAGCAUUCCCCAGCUGGAGCAAACUCUCUGGGACAAUGAGGGCCAAGCACCUGACCAGGCUAGCCAAGAUGAUCCAGAAACACCAGAGGUUGUUUUGGACCCUGGAAUCCCUGGUUACUGGGCGAGCUGUUCGAGAAGUUCGAGAUGGGGAUGUCCCACUGGCCCAGCAGCUGCUCCAGUAUCAUGCAGUCCAGGCACACACCCAGGAAGAGGCACUGGCAGGCUGGGAGCCCAUGGGAGUCAUUGGCCUCAUCUUGCCACCCACGUUCUCCUUCCUCGAGAUGAUGUGGAGGAUUUGCCCUGCCUUGGCUAUGGGCUGCACUGUGGUGGCCCUUGUUCCCCCGGCCUCCCCAACACCUCUACUCCUGGCCCAGCUGGCAGGGGAGCUAGGCGCCUUCCCAGGAAUCCUCAAUGUGAUCAGUGGUUUUGCCACCCUGUGGCCUGUCAUGGCCUCCUUGCCUGGAGUCCAGAAAGUGACCUUCUGUGGAACUGUUGAGGAAGGACGGGCUCUUCGCCGGACACUGGCAGGCAAGGAGGCCGAGCUGAGCCUGGCUCUGGGUGCAGAGUCGCUGCUACUGCUGACAGAUUCGGCAGAUGUUGACUCAGCUGUGGAGGGCGUUGUUGACGCAGCCUGGUCUGACCGAAGCAUGGGCGGCCUCAGGCUUCUUAUCCAGGAAUCUGUGUGGGAUGAAGCCAUAAGGCGCCUCCAGGCCAGGAUGGGGCGACUUCGGAAUGGCCAAGGACUAGAUGGGGCAGUGGACAUGGGCACUCGAGGGACUGACUCACAUUACCUGGCCAAGCACUAUGUGUGUGAGGCCCAGAGACAGGGUGCACAGGUGUUCCAGGCUGGCGACAUGCCCUCAGACAGCCUAUUCUACCCCGCAACCUUGGUCUCAGGCCUGCCCCCUGCCUCUCCAUGUGCCCAGACAGAGGUGCCAUGGCCCCUGGUCGUGGCCUCCCCUUUCCGCACAGCCAAAGAGGCACUGGCCCUGGCCAACGGGACGCCGCGGGGAGGCAGCGCCAGUGUGUGGAGUGAGAAGCUGGGGCAGGCGCUGGAACUGGGCUACGGGCUCCUGAUGGGUACAGUGUGGAUCAAUGCCCAUGGCCUCAGAGACUCCGCAGUGCCUGUGGGUGGCUGCAAGGAGAGUGGGUCUUCCUGGCAUGGGGGCCCUGAUGGUCUGCAUGAGUAUCUGAGGCCUUUGGGAGCCCCUGCCAGGCAACCCUUCAUUUGUGAGAAUUUGAACUAUGACAGCUUUGGCGUCACUGUGCCCACAACCCCGCCAGCUGGGCCGGAAGUGGGGCCCAGCCCAUCUCCCCCCUAUGGGCUCUUCAUCGGGGGUCGGUUCCAGGCUGCUGGGUCCCGGAGCUCCAGGCCCAUCCAGGAUUCUUCUGGCAACAUCCAUGGCUAUGUAGCUGAAGGUGGAGCCAAAGAUAUCAGAGGUGCUGUGGAGGCUGCUCACCAGGCUGCCCCUGGAUGGAUGGCCCAGUCACCAGCAGCUCGGGCAUCCCUCCUGUGGGCCCUGGCAGCCGCCCUGGAACGCAGGGAGCCCACCCUGCUCUCAAGGCUGGAGAGGCAGGGAGUGGAUCUCAAGACUGCCAAGGCAGAGGUGGAGCUAAGUGUUAAGCGACUCCGGACAUGGGGGGCCCAGGCACAGGCCCAAGGCCACACCCUACAGGUAGCAGGGCUGAAAGGCCCUGUGCUCCGUCUUCGGGAGCCACUAGGUGUGCUGGCUAUCGUGUGCCCAGACGAGUGCCCUCUGCUUGCCUUUGUGUCCCUGCUGGCUCCAGCCCUAGCCCACGGCAAUACUGUGGUCUUGGUGCCCAGCGGGGCCUGUCCUCUGCUAGCCCUGGAGGUCUGCCAGGAUAUGGCCACUCUGUUCCCUGCCGGCCUGGUGAACGUGGUGACAGGAGAUGGGGACCACCUGACCCGCUGCCUGGCCUUGCACCAGGACAUCCAGGCCCUGUGGUAUUUUGGAUCUGCCCAGGGCUCCCAGUUUGUGGAGUGGGCCUCAGCAGGAAACCUCAAGCCUGUGUGGGUGAACAGGGGCUGCCUGAGGGCCUGGGAUCAAGAGGCCGAGGGAGCAGGCCCAGAGCUGGGGCUGCGAGCAGCACGGACCAAGGUCCUGUGGUUGCCUAUGGGGGACUGAUGGCUGAACACCACCUGCUCCAUCUUGGAUGGAGGGAAGAUGGACCCCAACAGACAGCAGAUGCCUGGAACUUUCCUCUCAUGGUUCCCGCAUCUUUCAAUAAACUGUC